AAACUUUUCUCUCAGCCAAUCACAGGCUGUAUUUUGGCUCCCCAAUGAGGUUCCUUGCUGCGUUGAGCUCGGCACUUAUUUAACUUCACUAAACCUCAAAUAAUCCUCGUCCUUCGUCAAAAUGCCUCAGACGAACAAGUCAGUCAGUGCUGGCAACACAUCGGCUCAGGUCUGUGCUCCAGACCAGGGCGAGCCGCCACCUCAGCUUGCCAGGACUCUAGAGGCUGAUGAGGACCAGGGAGACCCAGAGAUCAUUAAAUCACCCAGUGACCCUAAGAAAUACAGAUACAUCCAGCUCAGUAACGGCCUGAGAGCGCUUCUCAUCUCCGACUUCAGCAGGACUCAUGAAAAAGCACACAGAGUUGACCAGAGGGAUGCUGGGGAUGAUGAGGAGGGCAGUGAAGGUGACUCAGGUGAGGGAUCGGAGGAGGAUGAGGAGGAGAACACAGAGGAGGAGCAGGAUAGCGACUUUGACGAGCUGGAUGAGGACAACGCAGUGAAGAAGAAGAGAGGGAGCUCAGAGAAGCAGGCUGCAGCUGCCCUGUGCAUCAAUGUGGGCAGCUUCAGUGACCCUGACGACCUCCCUGGCCUCGCUCACUUCCUGGAACACAUGGUGUUCAUGGGAAGUGAGAAGUAUCCGGCGGAGAACGGCUUUGACGCCUUCCUCAAGAAGCACGGUGGCAGUGACAACGCCUCCACGGACUGCGAGCGAACCAUCUUCCAAUUUGACGUGCAGAGGAAACAUUUCAAAGAGGCUCUCGACAGGUGGGCGCAGUUCUUCAUCUGUCCUCUCAUGAUUGAGGACGCUAUUGACAGGGAGGUGGAGGCGGUGGACAGCGAAUACCAGUUAGCGAGGCCUUCAGACUCGCAUCGUAAGGAGAUGCUGUUUGGUAGCUUGGCCACCCCAGGACAUCCGAUGAGCAAGUUCUGCUGGGGAAACGCUCAGACAUUAAAACAUGAGCCCAGAGAGAAAGGGAUCAACACAUACCAGCGGCUCCGAGACUUCUGGAGGAGAUAUUACUCUGCUCAUUACAUGACACUAACUGUUCAGUCUAAAGAGACCCUGGACACUCUGGAGCAGUGGGUUAAGGAGAUCUUCAUCCACAUCCCCAACAAUGCUGAACCUUCAGUCGACUUUUCUCACCUGCAGCGGCCCUUCGACACACCGGCUUUCAACAAACUGUACCAAGUGGUUCCAGUGCGGAAGGUGCAUGCUCUGACCAUCAGUUGGGCUGUCCCUCCCCAAGGGAAACACUACAGGGUGAAGCCUCUUCACUACAUCUCCUGGCUGAUUGGACAUGAGGGCAGCGGCAGCAUCUUGUCUCUGCUACGCAAGAAGUGCUGGGCUUUGGCUCUCUUUGGAGGAAACAGCGAGACAGGCUUUGACCAGAACACCACCUACUCCAUAUUCUCUGUUUCCAUCACUCUCACCGAUGAAGGCUACCAGAACUACUACCAGGUGGUUGACUUGGUGUUCCAAUACCUGAAGAUGCUGCAGACUCUGGGCCCCCAGCAGAGGAUCUACGAGGAAAUUCAGAAGAUAGAAGCCAACGAAUUCCACUAUCAGGAGCAGACGGACCCCAUUGCGUUUGUGGAGAACAUCUGUGAGAAUAUGCAGCUGUUUCCCAAGGAGGACUUCCUCACGGGAGACCAACUCAUGUUUGAAUUUGACCCAAACGUGAUUGGUGCUGCUCUAACUUUGUUGACCCCUGACAGAGCCAACCUGCUUCUGCUGUCUCCAGAACACGAAGGUCGCUGCCACCUGAGGGAGACAUGGUUUGGUACCUCUUACAGCAUAGAGGACAUCUCAGCCGAGUGGGCUCAGCGCUGGGCAGGAGAUUUUGAAGUCAGCCCUGAACUUCACCUUCCUGCUGAGAACAAAUUCAUCGCAUCCGAUUUCACUCUGCAGUUGUCUGACUGUCCUGACUCUGAGUUUCCUGUCAAGAUUGUCGACCACGAGCGAGGCUGUCUGUGGUACAAGAAAGACAACAAAUUCAAGAUCCCAAAAGCAUACAUUCGUUUCAACUUGAUCUCACCCAUGAUUCAGAAGAGUCCAGAGAAUCUGGUGCUGUUUGACCUCUUUGUGAACAUCCUGGCUCACAACCUGGCAGAGCCAGCCUACGAGGCCGAUGUAGCCCAGCUAGAAUACAAGCUGGUGGCUGGCGAGCACGGCCUGGUGGUGCGACUGAAGGGCUUCAACCACAAACUUCCACUGCUGCUGAAGCUGAUCGUGGAUCACCUGGCAGACUUCAGCACAGAGCCGGACGUUUUUGCUAUGUUUUCAGAGCAGAUGAAGAAGACAUACUUCAACAUCCUCAUCAAGCCAGAGCGCCUGGGGAAGGAUGUCCGUCUGUUGAUUCUGGAGCACGGUCGCUGGUCUGUUAUUCAGAAGUACCAGGCCAUCAUGAAGGGCUUGAACAUCCAUGACCUCAUGACCUUCGUUGUUGGACUGACAGCAGAGUUAUACACUGAGGGGCUGGUGCAGGGGAACUUCACCAGCUCGGAGUCCAAGGAAUUCCUGCACUACUUCACUGAGAAGCUGCAGUUCCAGCCUUUGCCAGCAGAGGUCCCUGUCUUGUUCCAAGUGGUGGAGCUGCCUCGGAAACAUAACCUCUGCAAGGUCAAGUCUCUCAACAAGGGGGACGCCAACUCAGAGGUCACAGUGUACUACCAGACGGGACUGAAGAAGCUGCGUGAGCAUGCCUUGAUGGAGCUGCUGGUGAUGCACAUGGAGGAGCCAUGCUUUGACUUCCUCAGAACCAAAGAGACACUCGGGUACCAGGUGUACCCCACCUGCAGGAACACCUCGGGAGUGCUGGGUUUCUCCAUCACUGUGGCAACACAGGCCACCAAGUUCAGCACUGAGUUUGUUGAGUCAAAGAUCGAGGAGUUCUUGGUGGCUUUCGGAGAGCGUCUGUCAGCUCUGAGCGAGGAGGUCUUCAGGACCCAGGUGACAGCGCUCAUCAAGCUGAAGGAGUGUGAGGACACGCACCUCGGAGAGGAAGUGGACCGCAACUGGUUUGAGGUGGUCACACAGCAGUACGUCUUUCCGCGGCUCAACAAGGAGAUCGAGGCCCUGAAAGGUUUCACACAGGAGGAGCUGGUCUCUUGGUUCCUGGAGCAUCGCAACAGCAGCAGCAGGAAGCUCAGUGUGCACGUGGUGGGAUUUGGCGUGGAGGAGAGCGACACACCAGAACAGAACACUGUCUGCACUGCGGGCAGCCUCCCCUCCUCAUCCUACGGUGAGGUCAGCGAGCUGAUCUUCCUGCCCGCCUCCUUGCCAUCGCUCCAGGAUGCCACUCUGAUUGGUGACAUCCGGGCCUUCACCUCCUCCCUCCCACUGCACCCGUACCACAAAGUCCUCUGUUAGGUGGCGCACACUCUUCAUGUUUUUGUUGGAGCACGUACAAUAACCAUGGCAACAGUUAGCGCUCUGCAUUAUUUUUAACUGUUAUUUUCUUUCAAGUGUCACACAGCUAAUUAAAGUCUUUUAAAAACAUUCUUCUU